AUGAAAAGAAGCAGAAGGAUGAUGUUAGCAUCUAAGAAACUUCUGCACCAACAAAAAUGUUACUAAAUGAUUGCUCAGCGAUAUGAAGAGUCAAAUAUAAAACUGAAGUAAUGAACUAUGGCUUUGAGAGAGUGUUUCUCUGUUGCAAAGAAGAACCAAAGAAAUCUGCAUUGUCGGCCUUUCCAAAUGAUUUGGCUCUGACCACCAUUGCAGCGGCCAAAAGGAUACCCACAACUUCAUGAGAUCAUCUCUUCUCCAACACCAUUAACUGUCUUUAGUGGUCAGUGUCGCUAAUGAAACGAAUGCAGAGCCACCGGACCAAAGCAAAAUAUCCCAAGAGAAAGCAGGGUGCAGUGCCAUCUAUUAAGGGGGUUUCUCAAACCUCUGUGCAUGCCAAGAGACGAUUGAACUCGAGGUUGCAGUUUUGGCUGUGGAGAAAGCGCAGAAAAGAACAGUUUCUUUUUGGGGUGUUUACAGCUAAGAAACAAGGUUGUGGAUUUGGCCCCAGCCCGAGUGCUCAUUUAAAGACCAAGUUCCACAAAUGUAAAAGGAAAGCUGUCAAGUUCCACUUAUCAAGUCUAGAAAAUUCAAAAAUCAGGAAAUCACCUCUAGGAUUUGACAGUCAACGUUCAGCGGACAGGCAUCGAGAAGUGGACUGUGUCCCGACUACAUGUGAAUCUGAUGGAUUGUCAGGGACACAUGUUUCCAAUAGCUCUUUGCAAAACCUGGUUGCAAAGCCAAAUGUUGGUGCUGGAACAGUUACAGGAAACAUGGCAACAGCACUGCCAUCUCGAGGAACAAAAAUGUCAGGACAGUUUUGUGACAUUGCUAACUCACACAGACUUUGUCCCACUGUCAAUCCCAUGAAGGACAAUCGUACAUGUAGUGUUUUUUUGGAUGAACCCAACAAAAUGGGAUUAUUUAAAAUAUUUGACGUUGACAGUCCAUCAGGACAGCACACAAGUGUUCGUCUGGAUCAGGACCAUCGUGUAAAUGGAGAAAAUGAUGAGCGGAUCAUCAAGAAGACAGAAUCUUCUCAAAGCCAGCACCAUAAUGAUGUCAGCAGUAAUGCACUGACAAACGCCAUACAUGAAUUCCUCAGUGACUUCUACAGAAUAUAUGGAAGUUUUAUCCCACUGCAAAGAAGUGACGUACUGAGACACCUGAAGAGGAAAUUCAAUGCCGAUUUCAGUAGCAGGGUAAAAGAAGUCUUGUCUGAGGUUACUAAAUGCAGAUCUUCAGUGAGUGGGAAACCCCUGCCCUCUUAUCGGGUGGUCUACAAGAAACACAUGCUAACCCUGGAUGAUUUGUGUACCCUGGCAGAUCAGAACUGGCUCAAUGACCAGGUCAUGAACAUGUAUGGAGAAUUGAUAAUGGAGUCUGCACAUCACAGGGUGCAUUUUCUCAACAGUUUCUUUCAUAGACAACUCAUGACCAAAGGAUAUGAUGGAGUUAGGAGAUGGACAAAGCAGGUGGAUUUGUUUUCCAAAAGGCUCGUUUUGGUGCCCAUCCACCUUGAGGUUCACUGGUGUCUGGUGACUGCUGACAUUUCCAAAAAGAGGGUCUGCAUGUAUGACUCCCAAGGCAGUGCCCUCCUGAAAGUCGCAAGGAACAUCCUUAAAUACUUGAUGACAGAAGCAAAAGAGAAGUGCAGAUCUACAUUUGAAAACGGCUGGACGGUGUCAUUUGAUGAGAAUAUCCCUCAACAGACCAAUGAAAAUGAUUGUGGUGUUUUUGUCUUAGAGUAUUGUAGAUGCCUUGCUUUGGACAAACUGCUCCAGUUCUCACAGAAGCACAUACCAAAGAUACGCAAGAGGAUCUACAAAGAACUCUGUGAUUGUAAGCUACAUGAGUAGCGCUGGCUGUCAUUCUUCGUAGCCGUUUAAACAUAUGUUGCUAGAAUGUGAAGUCAUGAAGACCCACUUCUUGAGCCACCUCCGUGAGUCCGAGUGCCUUGCAACAGUCAUUCAAAGUCCUGACAGUGCUUGCAACUCACUUGUUUUGAUAUUAUCUCUAUUUAAUUGCACCUGGCAUUUAAGAUUUUUAUUGUUUUUUGUUGUUUAUUGUGAACAGCUGCUAUUCCAAUGGUGGAUGCUGCCUUGAGAUUUUUACAAAUCUUCUGAAAGCAACAGCGAUUUACUAAAUGGACAUAUGAAGAAUAUGGUCAUUCUCGGGUAGAUCUACUUUUUACAUAGUCCAUUUUCGUGGUUAGGUGGUACCUGUUUUCUCUUCAGGUGUCUAUAGGCAUAUUUGAGCCGGGGGGGGGGGUGCUUAAUUAUGCAUUGUCACUUUGUGGUUGGAGAUAUGUUAGUAUGAUUGAUUAAAAAAA